AUGCCUUCAUUGAUUCACCAGGUGCCCACUCCGUGUCCAGUAAGACACUGGGGACCCCAGAUAGACGCUGCUAUGGAAGCCAACCUGGGUGCCCCUGGCCGCUGGCCCCGCACAGAGCUCGACGACGAGGACCACCCCCAGGGUGGCUGGGACACGGCCUUCCUCGUGGCCCUGCUGCUCCUGGGGCUGCCCGCCAACGGUCUCAUGGCGUGGCUGGCCGGCUCGCAGGCCCGGCAGGGCGCGGGCACGCGGCUCGCCCUGCUCCUGCUCAGCCUGGCUCUCUCUGACUUCCUGUUCCUGGCGGCAGCGGCCUUCCAGAUCAUGGAGAUCCAGCAUGGCGGGCACUGGCCACUGGGGACGGCCGCCUGCCGCGUCUACUACUUCCUGUGGGGGGUGUCCUACUCUUCCGGCCUCUUCCUGCUGGCCACCCUCAGCCUGGACCGCUGCCUGCUGGCGCUGUGCCCUCGCUGGUACCCUGGGUGCCGCCCAGCCCGCCUGCCCCUCUGGGUCUGUGCCGGGGUCUGGGUGCUGGCCACCCUCUUCAGCGUGCCCUGGCUGGUCUUCCCCGAGGCCGCCGUCUGGUGGUACGACCUGGUCAUCUGCCUGGACUUCUGGGACAGCGAGGAGCUGCCGCUGCGAAUGCUGGAGAUCCUGGGGGGCUUCCUUCCUUUCCUGGUGCUGCUUGUCUGCCACGCACUCACCCAGGCGGUCGCCUGCCGGCCCUGCCGCCGCCAGCAGCCUGGGGCCCCGGCCUGCCGCGGCUUCGCCCGUGUGGCCAAGACCAUUUUGUCAGCCUACGUGGUCCUGCGGCUGCCCUACCAGCUGGCGCAGCUGUUGUACCUGGCCUUCCUGUGGGACUUCUACCCCGGCUACCUGCUCUGGGAGGCCUUGGUCUACUCUGACUACCUGAUCCUACUGAACAGCUGCCUCAGUCCCUUCCUCUGCCUCCUGGCCAGCGCCGACCUCCGGGCCCUGCUGCACGCCAUGCUCGCCUCCUUUGCAGCCGCUCUCCGUGAGGAGUGGCCGGGCAGCUUCAUGCCAGCUGAGCCACAGACCCCAGUGGACUCUGGGGAUCAGACGGUACCAGGGCCAGUGGCUGAGGCCCAGCCACAAGUGAACCCCGAGGCCCAGACCCAGGUGGACCCCGUGGCCCAGCCACAGGUGAACCCCGAGGCCCAGACCUGGGUGAACCCCGCGACCCAGCCACAGGAGGACGACGAGAGCCAGCCCCAGCUGGAUUCUGGGGCCCAGUCACAGGCAAGCCCCAAGGCCCAGCCCCCCGGGCCCACUACCAGCUCAGACCCCAGUGCCUGUGAGGAAGCCUCCUCCACACCAGCCAUGGAUUACACCCUAGAGGCCCCCGUGAACCCGGCCGCGCCUGCUGCCUCUGAGGGAGAAGGCCCCAGCGGCGCUCCCCGAGAAGAGGCCCCGGGCUCGGGCCCCACGUGA